AUGGCGGCGCGCAGCGCGUGAAGAGGACAGCAGUGGCAGCCGGUUCGAAGGCAAAGAGCAUGUUUAAGGCGCCUUGUAUCCGUGCAGCAGGUCUGAUCAGUGCCAGCGUGAACCUGACGGUCUUAAUAAAUGCACCCGGAAAUCAGCGGAGUGUCCGGACUCUGGUGCGGCUCUACAGGAGCGACCCGGCGCGAUGGAUCACCUUCCAGCACCUGCGUUUCCUCAAGCGACAGUACGUGAAGGCGAGCAGUGUUCUGAGCCAGAGAGCUCGGCCGAAGCAGGACCCAGUGAUCUCCACGCUGGAAGAACGAGACGAUGUGGUUCUCAGGCAGAUUCAGGAGAUCCCAGAUGUGAAACCCGUGUCCGGUGUAGCAGACCCAGGCGCUGAUGAUGAGCCCGAGGCAGUCAGAGAGGCUCGGAUCGAAGCCCGGCAGUGGAAGGAACUGAGCGUCGACUACUCAGAGUUACCUGGGAUCUACGCUCGGCUGUCUAAACUCAAACUCACAGCGCUCGUGGUAACAACAGCGGCGGCGGGAUACGCCAUGGCUCCUGUGCCCUUUGACCCCAUCACCUUCAUACUGGCUACAGUUGGAACAGGGCUCUCUUCAUGUACGGCCAAUUCGAUUAACCAGUACUUUGAGGUGCCCUUUGAUUCCAACAUGAACCGGACGAAGAACAGGCCGUUAGUCCGAGGACAAAUAAGCCCCCUCCACGCUGUAUCGUUCGCCCUGGCCUGUGGGAUUCCUGGUGUGACCUUGUUGACCUUGGCUGUGAAUCCUCUAACAGGGUUCCUUGGAGCUCUGAACAUCUUCCUGUACACGUGUUGUUACACACCGCUGAAGCGUCUCAGCAUCACUAACACGUGGGUGGGCUCAGUGGUGGGGGCGAUUCCUCCCAUCAUGGGCUGGACCGCUGCGACCGGCGCUCUGGAUCCAGGUGCUCUGCUGCUGGGGGCGUUCCUCUACUCGUGGCAGUUCCCUCACUUCAACGCUCUGAGCUGGAACCUGCGAGAGGACUACUCUCGCGGUGGCUACCGCAUGAUGUCAGUCACCCACCCAGCUAUGUGCAAGCGGGUGGCGCUCCGCCACAGCGUCGCCCUCAUCGGCCUCUCCACGCUCGGCCCCGCGUUGGACGUCACCACCUGGACUUUCCCGCUUGUCUCUCUGCCCAUCAACCUGUACAUCAGCUACCUGGCCUUCCGCUUCUACCAGCGUGGUGAGCGCCAGAGUGCCCGCAAGCUCUUUUUCUGUAGCCUCUGGCACCUGCCCAUGUUGCUCCUGCUCGCCCUCACCUGCAAAAAGAGACGCCCGGCUGAGGAGGCGGGGCCAACCGGGUCCACUGACUCAACCAUCGCAUUACACGCCUCCUCUUCUUCCUAAACCAUCUUAAUCAGCUUUAUUUUUAUUUUCGGUACGACUGGCAGCUCGGAUCGAUCAGAGGAGCCCCGAGGACUAUACAGCUGAUCAAAAUGAAAACUCCUGGACUCCCUCAGGUCUUUAGUAAAAUAAGUCUGGAACGUGUGUAAAUAUGUUAAAUAUUUAAUAAAAUAUCCAGCUGCACAAUAGCAGAAGCCAGAAUCACUGACUCACUCGGCGAGUCCUGUUUAAAUUAUCGGAAAUUGGAUCCAGAUUGGGGUCUGGAGAGCUUGGAAGCAUGUUGCAGCUCAGGUGGAGCACCAAAAAUUCAACCGCAAAGCGAGCCAGCCACACAGUGGUGCGCGAGAUUUUGUCACGACUGAACCCCUUUCGUUAACUCGGUGCUGGUUUAGGGAACUCGAGACGCUUUCGGAUAACUGAGCCACGUGCUCAUUUGAAGAGUUGAACCAUAAUAUAAUUGGUUCGAUAAAAUAAAUUCCUUCAGAGUCAAUACACAACAUGAUGUCACGGACAGUCACUUUGUUGCUAGUAAUGCCGUUAUUUACUUUUCAGUGAUUGGUCGACUUUUAUUGUUUUUCAACCAGUCAUAUACUUUUUAACCCAAUACAAUGUUCAUGGCAUGGUUUAAUCACAAACCUAAAUAAAAAGAGUCGAUUUGUUGUUCACUCAACUAGACACAAGCUUCAGAAUCCUAAAUGCUGUAAUCUGAUUGGCCGUCCACUCUCCCUCCCUUCCAUGCUUUUUUUUUUUUUAAUAAACAGAAAACACAAAAGGCUUUUGAAUAAGUACCAGCCUGAAACUCAAUCAUGAGACUAUCAGUUCUCGCAUUUUGGUUCAGAGUUUUGACUCCAGAACUCAUCUUUAGUCCCUGCCUCAAGAACCAGCACUGACUCACCGGGUGGAAAAGGGAUCUGUGAUGCUAGACAGAGCGAGCACCCCGGCUUUGGCUUUCCUGCCGUCCUUCAUACUGUAUACGACCUCUUGAUGUUGUGUAAAGGCUACAUCUGACCUCACUGUAUAAAUACAUCAUCUGUGUGAGAUGAUAAAGAACAUGUGUUCUUCAAAUAAAUGCAUUUUAAUCCA